UGAAAACAUUGUAGCCAGGCACAAUCAAAGCAGCAGAUGGAGAGGUUUUAUGGAGCCAUGUCUCUGAGAGGCAGAGGAAGUCAAGGUUGGAAUCUGUGAGAAGAUGUUGAAUUGUAUCACUUUUUGGAAUGGCACUGCGAAUGUUCAAGUGCCCCCCUAGUAGUCUCUUGGGUUUAGUUCGCGGGUCCCAGAUUACUCGAGAGUUAUUGACAUAUUGAAAAAAGUUACAUUUUCUGUGUUUAGGCCGUUUUGAUUAGGGGCAGUUCAGUAGUGCAAUUAACUAUCCCUUCCGCUUGCACUGGAUGCGGGGGACUAAGUAAAAACAUGCGUGGGUAUCGCGUAUAGCGACUUGGAUAUGUUUGGAGUGCUAAAUGUAAUAUUGGACCCGGAUGACUCGAGAUAAAUCAUGGGACCAUAACGUUCACCCACUUCCGCGGUGAUUAGAGGACACGGCCAUCCACUGCUUUCAACUCCGAGAUGGGUUUUUGGACUCUGUCCAGAAUAGGUUGCAGUGCAGAAGACUGAGAGAGAAACUGGUGACCAUGACUACUAUGAAAAAAGUGGACAUUGGCCUGUUCUCUCAGGAGGUGAGAGAGCUAAUGAACUGUCCCUGGAGACUCAACCUCACACACAGAGAACUACACAGGACAGAGUUGUGGUCAUGCUGUAACGCUUCUGAUAGGCUGAUGGUGACCAGACAGAACACCAAUCAGAACCAGAGUCUGACUUAUGAUGCAGAGAAGUGGAGGAAGAGAAAGGUGGACCAAGCACUAUGGGACAUGUUGCCUCAGACCGUACCCUGGAGUAAAGGUUCAUUGAGUCGUUGUGCCGUGGUGGGAAGUGGAGGAAUCCUGCAGAACAGCAGCUGUGGAGCGGAAAUAGACAAUGCUGACUAUGUCAUCAGGUUUAACCUGGCUCCUAUCAACAAGAGUUAUGACGUGGGAGUAAAGACAGACCUCAUAACGGCCAACCCUUCCCAGAUCAAUAAAAGAUACCCUGACCUCCAACGGAACCCUGGACCACUGAUGGAAGUCAUGUCAGCCUAUGGCCACACCCAUCUGCUUCUCCACGCCUUCUCUUUUGGUUUCGGGACCUCCCCCUGCUUCAAGGUGUACCACGCCCUCCGUAAGGCCUGCACCCAACAGAAAGUGGUGUUCUUUCACCCAGACUACCUGCUUAAGCUGGACAAGUUCUGGCGUCACCGCGGGCAACGAGCCCCACGGCUCUCUACUGGUAUGAUGCUGGCCAGCACUGCUCUGGAGAUCUGUGAACAGGUUCAUCUGUAUGGCUUCUGGCCCUUCCCUCUGGAUCUAUCCAAAAAUACUUUGCCACAUCAUUACUAUGACAACGUUGGUCCAAGUCACUUCAUGCACGCCAUGCCUGAAGAGUUCCUGCUGCUAUUACAACUCCACAGCCAGGGGGCACUACAGCUACAUGUUGGACCCUGUACACCCUAACAAGCAGAUGGUCAGGGGGCCAGAACAUAAUUCUAAUAAUUUGCACAGUGCAAAUUGACCACAACUAAGCCCCAAAAUAGGUUAUAUUUGAAAAUAACAAUCAUUCCAACAAUCAUAACGUGUCUCUUUUUUAAGCUCCAAAAAAUCUCAUGGGCCGCCUGUUGCCGACCCCUGCCUUACACCCUAACCCCUUCAACUAUAACCUAAAUGUCUCUAUUUAUUUGUUUUAUUUAGCCUUAUUUUAAUGGUGAGUUGACUGAGGAAACAUUCUCAUUUACAACAACGACCAGUAACCCCUACACCACUACAACUCCAAAGCCAGGGGGCACUACAGCUACAUGUUGGACCCUGUACACAAGCAUAAGCGACACAAGCGGCUGCCAGGGGGCCCCUGAAACAACAAUAAUAACUGUUGGGGUCUCAACUUACAGUUGAGAGUUAGAAUAGUACAUGUUUUUGUUAGGGCUCUAUUCAAUCCAUAUCCCAGAAAUUCAGCAUUACAGCGUGAUUGAAAUUUAAAUGCAAUGUUCCACAUGAGCGGAGAUUGCAUUUACGGUAAACACUGCAGAUUUUGGCUCAAUAGGAAAUUAGCAAUACAGAUUCAAUAGAGACCUUAGUGUUGCCAGUUAUCUAAACUGGUAGUCAUCAUGGCCUAAUACCGAUCGGGCACGUGCCCUAGGGCCCUGACCUCCAAAUGGCCCCCAUUGACCUUGUUUGUCACUCCAAUAUCAUUAACAUGAAAGUCAUUACAAAAAAUAUUAUUGCAGGAAAUGUGCUUUAAAACUGCAAAAAAAUGUUCUCUACCCUAUGGCAAAAUUGGUAAAAUUCCAGGACAUUAGCUUUAAAAUGGCAAGAAUUUAUCUCCGCCCCAUGACAAAAUGUGUAGAACUACAAAAAACUUGCAGGGGCCCCCCAACCAAAUCUUGCUUAGGGCUGGCCCUGCCUGUACACCCUAACCCCUUCACCAUAACUCCUACACCCUAACCCCUUCACCAUAACUCCUACACCCUAACCCCUUCACCAUAACUCCUACACCCUAACCCCUUCACCAUAACUCCUACACCCUAACCCCUUCACCAUAACUCCUACACCCUAACCCCUUCACCAUAACUCCUACACCCUAACCCCUUCACCAUAACUCCUACACCCUAACCCCUUCACCAUAACUCCUACACCCUAACCCCUUCACCAUAACUCCUACACCCUAACCCCUUCACCAUAACUCCUACACCCUAACCCCUUCACCAUAACUCCUACACUCUAACCCCUUCACCAUAACUCCUACACUCUAACCCCUUCACCAUAACUCCUACACUCUAACUCCUACACUCUAACCCCUUCACCAUAACUCCUACACCCUAACCCCUUCACCAUAACUCCUACACUCUCUAACCCCUUCACCAUAACUCCUACACUCUCUAACCCCUUCACCAUAACUCCUACACUCUAACCCCUAUUAAUACAACUCCACAGCCAGGGGGUGAUACAGCUACAUGUUGGACUGUCUGUAACAGAGUUAUUUAUACAUUGUUAUUAGUAUGCUGUGGUUUUAUAUUUUAUGGAAAACAUUAAAAUGUUAUACCAGUU